AUGACGAACACGAACCGGAUCUUAGUUAUAGGCGAAAGCCAGUAUAAAGUAGAGGAAGAAAUAGGUCAUGGUCUUCACAGUACUGUUUAUGGUGGAUAUGAUUUAAGUGAUAAUAAUCCGGUGGCUAUUAAAGUAGUAAAUUUUGCUUCUGGAAUUAAUGGUAGUUCAUUAAGUACAGAAGCUCGACAACAUUCAUAUUGGAAAGAAAUUGAAUUACUACUUUAUUUACAAAAUAUAAAUCCAUAUGUAAUUCGUAUAUUUAAUCAUGAUCAAACUGAUCGCUAUGGAAUGAUUGUUAUGGAACGUGGUGGAACAUUUCGUGAUACUUUAAUUCAAUUUCUUCGUCUUGGAAUGCGAAUGCCAUUAUCAUAUGUUCAAAAAUUUUGGUCACAAAUGGUUUCAGCUAUUUAUUAUAUGCAUCAUGCUGGAAUUGUUCAUGGUGAUUGUAAACCAGAGAAUUUUAUUCAAGUUGGUAAACAUGGUGGAACAUUAAGACUUAUUGAUAUGGGUAUAAGCUUUGAAUUACCACCCAAUGUAACUAGUCGCUUACAUGCUGCUGCUGGAACACCAGAUUAUGUAGCUCCAGAAAUGGUUCAUCCUAGUGGUGUUUUUACUGAACGAGCAAAAUUUGGUUAUAAAGCUGAUGUAUGGGCACUUGGCAUUAUUUUAUUUGAAAUGGUGUUUGGUUUUCGGCCUUUACAGUAUCUCGGAAACAGUGAAAGAAAAAUAAGCUUUUUAGGACGAUUACGUCGAGAUAUGAAUAUACCAUAUCAUCCUGAUAGAGAAUUACGUGAUAUACUCAGACGUUGUUUACGUUCAAAUCAUCGAAGGCGACCCGAUACAGAAGAAAUAUUAAAUCAUCCAUUUUUAACACGACCACGUUGA